GGGAGGGAGGCGAAGCCAUGAGCAUUUUAAUGGCGGCCUGUUGCAUGUUCGCUGAACGUUUCCCUCAGGCACUUAUCUGGCCAACAGAUACAGUAAAAUGCAAAAUAGGAAAACAGUGGAGAGGCGGCUUUUUUUCCGUAGUAUAUUUAGAUGUCAAAAAAUACUCAUUUACCAUAAUCGAGGUAGCAAAUAAGAUGGUAGGUUAAAGGGAAAAAUGGAGUCUUCAUUAUAUCCAUAACAUUUUGGCGCGAUUAUUGUUCGCCGAUCUUCUUAGGCAAUUUACGGGGAAAAAAUUGGCGAUGGCCUUUUGUUGCUUUUGAGGGUUUCCCGGAAAUUAUAGAAAAGGGUCCAGAUGUGAUUUUUCGGACGAUUGCAUCCGUAGACUAAGAAAACUCUUGAUAACGAGAUAUUACUGCAGCUUUAAUAAUAUAUUUAAUACAUACACCUAUUUUAUUGUAUAUAAAUAUACAUAAAUAAUACACUGAAGUAAUUUAUAUGUUUAAUUACAUCAUUGUUUCCAAUGCAUAGUAUCAAUCCGACAAAUAAUUAUAUGUAUUUACUCAACAUUCUAUACACGACAAUGUUUCACGUGGUUAUUAUACCUCCUAAAAUAGGAGAGGGUUCUGUGAAUAUUCAAAUACGCAAGAGUUAAGGCCGCCAUUUGUGAUAGAGUCGUAUUCUGAAACUGCAUUACGCGAAAUGUGUAGCUGAUACAAUGUGGAAAUAAAAAGUUCGUAGGAUUGUUGCGGAAACGGUUAUUUGGAUGGCGCGUUGGUGCCUGUUAGGGUACCUAAAUGCGGCACAAUACGCCAUUAGCGUAGGAUCUAGAGAUGACGCAUAACUUGUUCGUUGGAACACUUGGUGGCGCAAUUGGCGGGACUUGGUGUCUUACAAGGAAAGACGUUAAUGGAGAGGAAGGUUCUGGAAGGGCCGGCGGCCGUUGGUAAAAAGGGGAGGGGACAAUUAUGGCGAAUUCGUCUCCUUAAAUCCGGUAGAGAGCUGGAAGUCAGUAAUAUUUCGCUCUACAUAUGAGGACGGGAGAAAAAUGGACAUACAGGUCCUAAAUGAACAAGUCUAGAGCGAAAGCGCAACUUUGAUGCCUCUUUAAUACGGUACUACAAAGGGAGGGGAGAACGCAUGCGCAGAAGGGAAUAAUGUACUCGUCCUCCUGGGAACGAGUCUCCUCCCUCCGUCGGUGUUCGUCGGCGCCAUUUUCUCUUAUAGUCCGCUGAGGAGCUCGGGUUGUCGGAACCGUCACAUGGCGGAGCCAUCUUCGGUUGGGAGGCGGAGACUCGGCUGGUCUCAAUCUUAACCGCUUCAGAGGUGAACCUGAAUCUUAACCGCUUCAGAGAGGGAAAAGGAGCAGUUCCGCAAACUAUUCAUUGGCGGCCUAAGCUUUGAAACAACAGAAGAAAGUUUGAGAAACUACUAUGAGCAAUGGGGAAAAUUAACAGAUUGUGUGGUAAUGAGAGAUCCUGCAAGCAAACGCUCACGGGGAUUUGGUUUUGUAACAUUUUCAUCUAUGGCUGAAGUCGAUGCAGCAAUGGCUGCCAGGCCUCAUUCAAUUGAUGGAAGAGUAGUUGAACCAAAAAGGGCUGUAGCCAGAGAGGAAUCUGGGAAGCCUGGAGCUCAUGUUACUGUAAAAAAAUUAUUUGUUGGUGGAAUUAAAGAAGACACUGAAGAACAUCACCUCAGAGACUACUUUUCAGAAUAUGGAAAAAUCGACACAAUUGAAAUAAUUACAGACAGACAAUCUGGCAAAAAGAGAGGCUUUGGAUUUGUAACUUUUGAUGACCAUGAUCCUGUGGAUAAAAUUGUGUUGCAGAAAUACCACACAAUCAAUGGACAUAAUGCAGAAGUAAGAAAGGCUUUAUCACGGCAAGAAAUGCAAGAAGUUCAGAGUUCAAGGAGUGGAAGGGGAGGUAAUUUUGGCUUUGGAGAUUCACGUGGAGGUGGUGGAAACUUUGGUCCAGGACCAGGAAGCAACUUCAGAGGUGGAUCUGUUUCUUCCACAGAUGGCUAUGGAGGUGGUCGUGGAUUUGGUGAUGGAUACAAUGGAUAUGGAGGGGGACCAGGAGGCGGCAAUUUUGGAGGCAGUCCUGGUUAUGGAGGAGGAAGAGGUGGAUAUGGUGGAGGAGGACCUGGGUACGGCAACCAGGGUGGGGGCUAUGGAGGUGGCUAUGACAACUAUGGAGGAGGCAAUUAUGGAGGUGGGAAUUACAAUGACUUUGGAAACUAUAACCAACAGCCUUCAAACUAUGGUCCAAUGAAAAGUGGAAAUUUUGGUGGAAGCAGGAAUAUGGGAGGACCAUAUGGUGGAGGAAACUAUGGUCCUGGAGGAAGUGGUGGAAGUGGGGGAUAUGGAGGGAGGAGUCGUUAUUGAACUUCUGUAAGCUUUUCAUGGGCUUCACUGUAUAAAUAGGAGAGGAUGAGCCCAGAGGUAACAGAACAGCUUCAGGUUUUCGAAAUAACUUUGUUAAGGAAACACUUAUCUCAGUCAUGCAUAAAUAUGCAGUGAUAUGGCAGAAGACACCAGAGCAGAUGCAGAGAGCCAUUUUGUGAAUGGAUUGGAUUAUUUAAUAUCAUACCUUACUGUGGAGGAAGGAUUGUAAAAAUGCCUUUGAGACAGUUUCUUAGCUUUUUCAUUGUUGUUUCUUUUUAGUGGUCUUUGUAAGAGUGUAGAAGCAUUCCUUUGAUAAUGUUAAAUUUGUAAGUUUCAGGUGACAUGUGAAACCUUUUUUAAAAAAAUUUCUCUAAAGUUUUGAAAAGCUAUUAGCCAGGAUCAUGGUGUAAUAAGACAUAACGUUUUCCUUUGAAAAAAUUUUAAGUACGUGUGUAGAGUUAAGAAGCUGUUGUACAUUUAUGAUUUAAUAAAAUAAUUCUAAAGGAAAUGAUGUGUAAUUAUAGAUUUAUUUAAAAUAUAUUGUAAAUUAAGGCAAGGAGUGGGUAGUAGAAGGUCCCACAAAUAUUAUAAAGUUGUUGUUGUACAUGUAAAAUGUUGGUUAGAUAAUGUUUUUUUUUUGUAAAUUACCAGAUUAAUAUCUAGAUAACUUAAGGGAUAUCUCUGCAAAGAGAAACACCUUUUUAGAUCUUUUAGAUGCUGCUUCUUCAAUGGCAAGUAAAGGAAAUAUCCCCAGCGAGGUACUCUUCCAGGGACACAGGUCUAGUGCAAAAGAACUCUUGAGAACGGCAAUUAAGUUCAGCCAGUCUUAAAAGCUGUGCUGUACUUCCGCAAAGCUUUAACUACAGUAGUUUUAAGGAUGCCAACGAGAGCUGAGGGUUCUAGAGCAAAAUAGUUCUAAGCUUCAGUUAAACUACUUUAGGUAAGAUCUUAUUUACUUUUCCUUUUUUAAUAUUCCAAAAACAAGAAACUAAUAUAUGACAGUGUACUGUUUCAGUAUAGUGGUUAUAUUAUCUAGUUUAACAUAGCAAUGAACCAAGUUAACAACUGUGCACUGGAAAAUUUAAUAAUUCUUGUUUUGAUUUGGGGGUUUGGGUGUUCUGUUUUCAUUUGUUUGUUGGUUUUACUUUUUGCUGUUAUGUUUUGAUUUAUUUUUAACUUCAGCUGCUUAACCUAUCUUUUUCCUACUGGAAUCUAGCUUUAUGCAUCAUGGACAAGCAAUAGACCUGCUGAGCAAAUGAACCAGCCAAGUGUCCAUUAAUGAUUUGCAAGGGUUCCAUCCCUGCUAUGGGUAGUUAAAAUGGAAGGUGCCAAUGCUGCAGGUAACUAAUGAAGAAGUGCUCAACCACAGAAACUUCAAGAAAUAAGAUAUUUCUUUAUUCUUCAUAAAAUAGUUGGUUUUGCUUAUUUUUAUUAAACCCUUUAUAGUUGAUGAUUUUAGUUGCAGCCUACUGUAAUUUAAUUUCAAAAGUUUACAAAAUGAAGGCAGACAUUUUCUAGAAUUCAGACUGACAGGAAGUCAAGACUAAUGUGAAUAUUUUGAUUUUUAUAAGUGUUAUAAUAAACUUUUGUUUAAAAAAUA